CAAAAGACGUCUGUGAAGAUCCAGAGUUUAAGAAAUGUUCAUGCAGAGCUCCUCUCAAACUCAGUAAUAGUAAAUGCAGCAAAUAUUACAGAAUUAUUAUUACACGCUAUAGGUGCAUUUCGACUAAGAGUUCUGGGGUCUUUCAGCCCCUAAAACUACUACUACCUGGAACUAAAGGAUUCCUGUGCCCCCCCAUUGUUGUCUGCGUUUCGACCGCUUGCUGACGUCCCAGGUAGAUUGUGCAAAUCAGGCCAGUGACGUAUGGAGGGGGAAAAAUGGUAAACGCACUACACCACUAGACCAGUAGAGGGCAGUAGGACAACGCUGAAUGCCAUUCAUCGCAGAUGACACCAUAGAAGCAGACGGACAGGCAGUGUGGGUGGAGGUGGUGUGUGUGUUGCUCUGCAGCACCGUUAGCGGUGUGUGUUCAGCUCCUCGCUGUAUGAACAGUCAGUCCGGCUGUCACGUCGUCUCUCUGUCCGACCUGUUUGAUCGAGUCAUCCAACACUCUUCCAGAAUGCACGGCAUCUCUAACGACCUGCAUGCCGAGUUUGAGCACUACUUCCUGCCCAGUAAAAAUCAGAUCAGCCGGGUCGGUCGUUACUGUCACACCUCCAGCAUCCUCACCCCGAAUGGAAAAGAGAACACUCAGCGGAUGGCGGAACAGGAGCUGAUGGAGGUUAUUCUGAAGCUGCUGCUGGCAUGGAGGGAUCCCCUAUGGCACUUUCACCAGAGCAUUGCUCACCACCACGACUUCUUCAACUUCAGCUCCAACAAAGCUCUGGAGAUGAGCGACAUGGUGCACGAGUUGCGCAAAGGUGUGGAGAAGGUGGCUGAAAAGAUGCAGAUGUCAGGGAUCAUCAGUAACUCUGUCAGCAGUCGGGCGUCUCCUGAAGCUUCUCCACCGGCCGACAGUCCUGAGUGGCGUCUGAUGAAGGUGUACGACCUCCUGCACUGUUUUCGCCGGGACUCCAACAAAGUGCAGAAUUACCUGAAGAUCCUGAAGUGUCGCAUCGUCCCCCAGCACGGCUGCUGAAGAGGAGAAUCUCUAACGUCUGUUGGAGUGGAGGAAAUGUUCAUAUGUCCACAGAGCUUCAGAUAAAACUGAGGUUUAUAAUCUGCAGAUGGUCACUGACACAGGCAUGCUCAAAGAGACACACGGACUGACGUGACUGUGGACAUGGUUCGGGUCUCUGACUCCUGUAUGAUGCAUUUCAUGUUCAAACAGUAAAACAUAAAAACACAA